AUGGCCACCUCCUUUGCUGCCCGUCGUGGCUUCUCCACCACUCGCACCCAGCUCGGCAGCCCCUACCACUAUGCCGAGGGUCCUCGCACCAACAUCCCCUUCAACCCUCUCACCAAGCGCUUCUUCUGGCGCUACUGGGCCUUCAUGAUUACCGGCUUCGGUACUCCCUUCGCCAUUGCUGUCUGGCAAACCUACAAGACCAAAUAG